AAAGUCGUAUUUUCGGGCCGAUCGCUCUGUGGCAGUCAGUGACUGAUUAUUCUUCCCGUUUUGUGCUUAAUUAUUGAGUUGCAAGUUUUUAAACAUAAGAAAAAAUCCAGUAGGAAAAGAUUAUGCAGUAAAUGGUGAUAUUGGCGCAUAGAGAAUCGCAAAUUUGUUCGAGUAAGGGUCGAAUUUCGAUGUUGGCUGGUAGACUUGGAUGCAAGAGUCGCCCCAUUUUGAGGUCAAAAGUGCAAUCGUCAGUAGGAAAUACGAAUGCAUAGACAGUGGCUCGGCUGCCAUAGAAGAAGACAAAAAGAGGCAAAAGAGGACCCGUGCACGAAACGGGCAGCAGACUGCGAAGGGAAAAAAUCAGUAGGCGCUCUAUCGCCAGACGUGAAACUCCAUUUUUUCUUUAUGGUUGUCGAUCUCUCUCUAUCAUUCGCUUUCUCAUGUUGAUGGUAGCAGAGUAGUUCAGAGAAUCAGCAUACUCUCGUGAUUCAAUCCGUCGAAGUUGGUUAGGAAGCGGAGAAAAAAGGAAACUACGAGUAGUACGUACAACCACAACGUAGGCGAAAACGGCGACUCAGGCAAUACUGGAGUAGUAGCGUGACAGUGCUAGCCAGCCAGAGGGUGAGAAAAAUUUCUUACGGUCGUGAAUUGGAGCAGCGGAAGGAAAGUGACAGUAGUGUCUUCCAAGUUUGAUUAGCUAAGUGCUCGAUUCAGUCUGUACGGGAUUUCAAUUUGCAUUCGAGCACGGUACGGGAAGAAAAUAAUAAAAAUAUUGUAUCAUGCAGUGACUGAUCGUAGCGCGCUUACACAGACACACUUGUAGAUAUGCACCUUUGAUGAAUGCAAUGGAUAAGAAAGAAGUUGAAAAGCAUUAGACAAGGGUCGCCAGGCGAGGAAAGCGGAGCACAAUGAAGCCAUAACACCUACGUUCACCAUCUGCUCAGGAAAAAGUCGUAAAACUACCAGUUCCGACGAGAAUGCUCCAGCAGACGGACAUGCAGUUGUGAGGUACGCUUCGAAAUAGCCCUUUGACGGGUCCGUGCUGAUCGGAAUACUAUCGGGUUAAUCAAAAUAUUUACAUAACACGACGGCGUCGUCGUCAUUGCUUUUGAAAGUGCAGAGGUUGCUCGUUUAGUGGUGUGUUUGUUGUUUUUGUGAUAUUAUAUGACUGUGUGUGUGCAAUAUAACUUCCCCAGAAAGAAGCACGUCAAAAAGUGGUUUUGAGAGAUAAAAGAGCACACAAUAAAAAAAAACUAAUAAGAAUCGGAGCGAUAAAAAAUGCUAUUAGAAAUAAACUAUACGAGCAGUCAGCAGUGACAUACUGUUUCUGGAGUUGAGUGAAGAAAAUAUCAAAACGGUUAUGAAGAGAAAAUAAGCAUAAAUUGUUCAGAAGUGAGUGUUUUAUACUGAUAUUUAGCUCGGGACCGGAAAAUCGAAUACUUUCGAUGUGGAUGACCGGUCAGCGAAGCUGUUGUUUCUUUUGUUUCCGUUCGGUUAUUAUCUUAUUUUUGAGCUUAGUUCAAUCCAGGUCUGCCGUAUGUGUUUAUUACAAUGCGAAAGUUAAGUGUUAACACGGGAGGUAUGUCACGACAAUCGAAAACAGUGCCGCAAGCGAAGAAGGUGAUGCCACCGGCCGUUCCGGAUGUUUACGGUAGGGUUGGCGGAACCAACACUCAGGCGGCUGCUUACGCAACUUCUGCUGCUGCCGUUGCAAGCAGUGGUGGUGUGGUCGACGAUAAUGGUUUUAUUAUCCAGCAGGAAACGCCUUCAUCGCUAAUGAUUCGCUACGAUCAUACGGACUUUGCCGAUGAUCAAGGAAUUGAUCUCACUCAGUCUCCCGGGCGGGACAGUCCCAUCAGUUUAUCCGGAUCGGCUGGUUCCGGUUCGCGUCAUUCGACGGCCAGUUUAGACUCGGGACGUGCUUCCUCUUAUCUAACCGGAGCUUCAACAUCUUCCAACCGCAGUGCCGGUGGCUAUGGAACACUUUCAUCGCCGCGCUGUUCGGUUAGUUCAUGCUCGAUUGGCAGUGGCAAUCGGUUGAGCAACCAUUCGAAUCGCAGCGAUCACGAUAUUAUCUCAGAAUGGCUGAUGGAGAUCCAUUUUCACGAGUAUACUUAUCUGUUUCUGGAGGCGGGUUAUGACUUACCGACCAUAGCGAGAAUGACACCUGAGGAUUUAACUGCGAUCGGUAUCAAACAGCCGAAUCAUCGAGAAAGACUGAAGCGACACAUUGAUGCGCUAAAACUACCUGAUGCUUUGCCCAAUUACGUUCCGGGAUCGAUCGAAGAAUGGUUGAGAUUGCUCCGGUUGGAGGAGUACGUGCAGCCGCUAUUGGCUCAAGGCUACGAAACUGUGAAUGACGUAACCCAGUUGACUUGGGAAGAUUUAGAAGAUGUAGGAAUAGUAAAGCAGGGCCAUCAGAAAAAGAUUCUUCUGGCGAUCAAACGCGUAAAGGAUAUCAUCAGUGGUAAAUUAGGUAGCCCAUAUGGUGCGCCGGUAGGUUUGUCGAUGCUACAACCAACAACGGCAGCAUUGCAUUGCCAGCAAAUUCGAGCUCCGUUUGACGAGUCCCUGGAACCUAAACAGCUAACUUAUUCAACGUUUAUGAGGCAGUCGUCUGCAGGAAGUGAUCCAUACUACUGUCCACAACAACAGCAGCCGCAGCAGCAAAUUUCCUAUCCUCAUGUUCAUUUUGAUGGCACUCAAGCAAUUUAUCGUCGCAGUUCGUACGACGAUAGUGACAUCACACCCACAAACGAAAUGUCCUCGCUAAUGAGCAGUGAUCAUCAUGGGACAAUUAGCCAUCAGCAAUAUUUCCAAGGUGGUGGCACGCUUCCUAGGCAGCACCAACGCAAUAACUAUGGCGUUCGGUUAACAUUAUGUCAAAAUCCGCCCAGUGCAACCACGCAACGGCAACGACCAAUAGCGAAAAUUGUUGCGAAUAAUCUUAAGCUGGCACCAACCUCUGAUGGUGGUCCUGCUCCUCCUUAUCCUAAUCCAAUGAUCGGCCACAUCGAAAAUGUUGAAAUGGCAACCGCCGCUCUGGACGCCAUGCAUUUCUCCAACUAUUCUUCCUUUAAUCAUCAUCCGCUUAAAUACAAUCCCGCGCCCGCUAACCAACAGGCUCAACCGAUCUAUCACAAUCAAAUUAUCCUGCAGCAGCAGCAGCAACAACAACAGCAGCAGCAGCAACAGCAACAGCAACAACAGCAGCAACAACAGCAGUUUUACUCUAACUAUGCAGGCCAGACACAUCAAACCACGGUCGAAAUUCAUAAAACCCAGCACGACAACAAGAGUAACUCCAGUCUGGAAUCAAUCGAUCAGAUUCCGUUUGCAAACGAGAACGCUGGCACAAUUAAACAACGCUCUAUGAAUCGCGCCGAGCAUCAUCCAAUGCAUACGAUGUUAUCGCACUCUUCGUCCUCCACGUCUUCGUCCUCAUCAACGGGGUCGAUCACAACGACACUGGCCGGCUGCAUACAGCAAUUAUCACCGCCACAGACCGGUGAUUCCCAGCCGGGAUCUGGCCAACAGUCGAGCUGUUCCAAGAUCGGUUCCGGAUCCGCGUCGACAAACGUUUCGCCAACACAAGCCACACAGGCCGCUCAGCUUGGUGUGGUGGUCGGUACCAACGUGUUAAAUGAUAUCGGCAAUAUGCUGGCCAACUUGACGGACGAAUUGGAUGCCAUGCUGGAGGAAGAGAACCGCGUCGGCAUAAGCGAUGGCGAGUAAAUAAAACUGCACAAAUUUCAGCAGACAGCCUGGAACUGAUUGAGGACAACACACAAGCUAGGCACGAUACUGUUAUCCAAUUUAAUAGCUGAAGACGAGAGGAUCACAAUAGAAUCGUAACCGCCGAUGUUGAAUUGUAGCUCAAUUGCCAUCAUUGUUUUUUAUCACUACAUCCUAUAUGUUUUCAAUGCCCACACGCCGGUACCGUUUAAAAUCAAGCAGAUCUAUUUCGGAGCAUCCUGAAUUGGCGCCGUCGAUGGUAGCUCGCAUAUCGCCGCCCAAAAACAACGCAACGACUGGUAGUUGGUUGAGUCUUGAGGUAUAUGUGCUUGUGUACGUCGUUUGGUCGGAAAGCAGGAUAGACAGCCACAUGAUGGUUAGAGCAAUAAUUGAUUUAUACGGUAAACGAUUGGGUUUAUUACCGCGAUGGAAAAUCCAAUCUUCUUCCGGCGGCGGUAUUGGCACAGAUGAAAUUUGGUUGGAAAUUAGGUUUGAGAAACUAUAAGUUAGUUUAAACGAACAGUCGGUAAUUUAGCGCAAGUCUGAUAAUUGGUUUGAUAGAUGAAAAAACGAACAAGUGGCAGAGAACGAAUAUGUUUGGGCAGAUAGGAAGAUAGUUUCAAUAUACUAUUUCUUCGCUAGGCAUACAUGUAGCAAAAUGGACAUCUGCAAAAUCUUUGUCAGCAAUAGAAUUUUCAACAGGAGAAGUCUUUCUGACACCGUUUUUCGCUUGUUCCCCGGCCCAUUGUAACGGGUUGAGAAGGCGCACACGCCUGUGUUUACAAAUCACGCAUUUUCAUUUCAAACGACGCGCCGAACCGUUGCCAGCUGCCACUACUUGCUGCGUCUCCUAGAUAUCGCUCUUAAUGCGAUGCGAUGAUGGUCUAGGAGGAGGAUUGGCGAUUGUGUGUUUCUAUGUUUAGUUUUUACGUCAUUGAGAAUAAUGCCCCAAAAGCAUCGCUGGUGUGAUGAAAAAUGGCAGACCUCACAAAUACGGCCUGCGGGCUAAUUUAUAGGUGUCGUAAAUAAUAAACAGUGCCGUGCCAUUGAUGGCGAACAUGACGAGUUUCGCGUGAUGAUUUUUUCAACACAGAUAGCGUGAGCUCAUCGUGAACUAUCGUGAUGACACCCACCAUGCUCUUUUUUCGGUGGCGCUAGACUACUAGCUAGGACUAGCGUGUCACUGCUCCGGGAAGUGUGACUGACUAGUGUUGUCUCUCAGGUCUUGACCUACCGCGUGUUGCAGAUCAUUAUCAGCCUUGCGCUGCUGACAGCCCCUGUUAGAAGAAACGAAAAUCGAUUAUAUGUGUGAUCUAUUUAUUUACUUAAAAAUAGUUUUUAUAAUUCAGCUUUUACUCGAAACACGAGCCACAGUCGUCCUAUAUUUUUAAGAGUAUUUGUGUGAAGCUAGAAACAAAUUGAACACUCGCUAGUGAACGAGUUCUGGUAGCAGCAAGUGCAAAUUUUCCAAUAGAGGGUAAUGAAAAACGGAUACAUAAUUCAAAGCAGUAAUUAUUUGACCAGACAUUCCUAUACAUUGAAGCUAACAAAAACCUGCGAGCCAUAAGCAUCAUGAAUCUUUCAAUAUUUAUAAUGUGAAGCAUCAACAUUUUAACAGUAGGAACUGAAACAAAAAUAAAAAAAUAACGUGUCGAAUCAUCCAUAAACACCAGUUUAGUACCAGAUUUAUGAACCGAAGCAUUUCCAAUAACUACUAAUAUUAAUAGGAAAAAAGAAACUGAACAAAAAAUGCGUUCAUACAAAUAUAUUUUUAGACGCGGCAACGUAGGAGCAGAACGAUUUUAGCUUUUUGCUUUCGUUUAUUUACAAACAAAUUCAUCGUUCAGCGGAAGAAGCGAACGCACGUGCACGUAGUAUAAUGAGCAGUAGAAGCAGAACAUGUGCAGUGAGGAUGCUGGCUGACACACUGAGGGCGAAAGAAAACAUACAAACCCAUAAAACGUUUCCCUACAAUCAUAAGCAAAGCGAAGAUGAGUUAAUAGUUUUCAUUCGGUGUGUGCGAUCUCGGCAAUGAUCCCGUCUGACGGAAGAACAAAUCGGCAAUGAUAUGCGUUGGGGGAAAAGCAAAGGUUUGCUUCAAAGUGCAACCAUAUGUGCGAAGCGAAGGUCUGUGGAGGGCGAGACAGCGACCGAUUCGAACUUCAUUUGCAACUAGCAGCAGCAGGGCAUAGGAACAGAUGCAGGUCAUCUUCGGAGUAACCGAGGAAAAUGUGUUUUAUGUGCGUAGAUUUAGUGUUUUUUUUCUCUUCACUCAAAAACAGACCAGAACCCGGUUUUGGUAGCACACGCUCUACAACCGGUAGAAGAAUAGUGCAAACGAGCCGACGAAAGAAGAGGGCAGCUAUUAAAAUCGGAAAACCUAGUCGGAUUGUACGCAUAGUGUUGCGGUGCGUCUUCAGGUUAAAUGCGUUAUAUGUAGUACGGUUUUAGCCUGGAACACACAUUUCGUCACGAAAGAAAUGUUAUAGGUUUGCGCAACACGGCAGACAGACCGAUCAGAACCUAAUCACACAAUGCUCUAUUCAAUCUGUUAGAGUAUAUUUCUGUUGCACGGAUGCCUGUCGUACAUUGGCUUAAACAAAGGCAGUCUGUAGUUUUUGGUAAAUCUUGUAUAUUACAUCAAGAUAGACUAUCAAUCUUCUAUUGUAUGUCCGGAUUUCUAUGCAAAGGCAAUAUAUUUUUCUGCUACUGGUUUCAUUUAUUUACGAAAAUAAUUCCUUAACGUCUGUGUAAAAUGUCAAAUAUGAGCAAAGGUUUUUUUUCUAUUAUAGUAAGAAAAAAUAGAAAUAAAAUUAUACUCAUAGGAAUUAUUUGCCAAUUGAAGUAUCUAACAGACUUCACGAAAUAUGUGGAGGGUUAUACUUCACAGAACUAUGUCAAGCUAAUAAUUCUGCUUUAAGAUCUAAAUCAUAAAAACAGCAAGGAAUAAUUGGAAGUUUUCUAAAGUUUUGAAUAAUAAUUUGUUUGAUAGUACUAUGAAACGUAUAAUCAAACAUAUUAACACGAAACAAAUACAGGUUAAUGAUAUAGGCAAGCGUACACUCUGUGUGCUUGGUACUCUGUACUUGCUUGCUUUGACUUAAUAAAUUAAGUUCAAAUCAUAAAACCGUUGAUGACUAUUAACAGUACAACAAUUUUUGAAGAUCAUUUCACAAGCGCAGUGCUACUGAGCUACAAAGCUGCUGAGACAGUACAUGGCACGUGAGUUUAGAAAUUUUGUAAUUUAAUGAUGUCCGUAUUCUUGAAUACGAUCAGUUCUAAUUCAGUACGCUGUUGCAUCAAAAUGAGCACAAGAUGAGCGAGCAUUGACCGUCACACACAAGUUACGCGUGUGUUCGAGCAUUUUUUCUACGAACGCCGAUGUUUCGCUUUUAAAAUCUAUCUCCAGACUGCAGCAGUAUCGGACGGAUCAAAACGAUGGUUGAGAAAUAUUGAACUGAAGCAAUGAGGCGCUAAUAAUACCGUGCACGCAUUCGACUGAAAACAUCCGGACAGAUUCGGUCGCGAAAAGAGAGAUGUUUUAUGAUUAAUGCCACUGAGAAACGUACCGUUUUCUUUGAGUCACAGCUAGUGGAAAAGAUUUGCUUUGAUUUCCACACAAGAGUGUCUAUGAAUGAAUAAAAUCACAUGAGAUGAUUGGAUGCAGCCACCGACAUACGCCACAACAUACAGCCGGAUGUCGGCAUGGCUGCGUUAUGUUGACAGUUCGCUUUUCUCCCGAUAGCUGCCUUGUCAGAAAAAGAUAGAAAACAAGAAGCUGAAAUGCCUAUAAGUGAUUUACAGUUUUUAUGCUGAAUAUAAGCGAUAACAUUAUACACUAACUAUACACGCAUUGGUCGGAUUCAGCCACAACUCUUGUUAUAUUUUAAACAAAAUACGAUUUAGUUUUAGUCGUGUCCGCUAGAAAAAAGCGUAUACACAUUGUAACAAAGCAAUUUCUAACUCUGUGUGGAUGCGUAAUCGCAGGACAGCAAUUAAAACAAUCGAUUUAUUGGGAAGAGUACUAGGAGGAAAAAGGGAUAAAUAAAUCAAGUCAAGUCAGUUGGUGUAGUUUGUAUGCUAAACAAGUAAAUAAAAUCAAAACAGAUAAGUAAAAAUGAUAAAUAAUAAAAGUUAUCUCUAUACAUGGUUUAACGUUUAACGACUCUCCAUUAGUGUUAGUUAGUUUAGGUUCUGUUCAUUGUUGUAAAAACUUUUCUCUCUCGAUCAGUAUGAUAACACGAGAGAGAAUAUAAAAAUCUAUUCAAGCUCACUUUUACUCUCCAGCAUCUGUUUAGAAUUCUUUGUCGAUAAUUUCUCCUAUUUGAGGUCCCGCGCGGAAAUAUCCGCAUUCUUUUAACAGCAAAACGGAACACAAUAGACUGGAUGUAAGAAAAAAAAAUAGAGAGAAGACAAGUAAAACAACUGGCGCAAAAAGAGAAAGUGAAAACCAAAAUAGACACAAAAAACUAAAAAAACUCAACAAAAAUGUGCGGUUGGGACAGGUAUUUUGUAGCAUUUAUUGAUAGUAGACGUAAGAAUCAAACGAAUGCAUUGGGCACAAGCUACAUUGUGCUAAAAUUCAUUAGGGGAAACAUUAGCAAGAACAAUAUAACAUAAAUGAAAUCGUAACUGGAAUAGACGUAAACACGAAGUUAAUCAACCUGAACAUAGGGAUUUUACAAGAACAGCAACCAUAACAACAAACGGAAUGCAAAAUGAUACAGCAAAAAUAUGUUAAAUUAUCCAAUACUGGAUUAUCUGUGUAGAAAAAAUCGGAAUUAAAGGAAUGUACCAUUUACCUACCAGCAAUCUUACUGAAGUAAUGUUGGUGGAAUAAAAAUAAAUCGACAAAGCUGUAAAAAUAUGUUUUUGUGUGUUUGUGUACGGGAAGAGCAGGGCGCGCGAGCAGUUCGUAGAGGAAGAAUAACAUCAUAUUAAUACGAAACAUUAUUAUUGCUAAUUAUAUUAUUAUUAUUAUUAUUAUAAUUAUUACAAUACUGAUUCGCGCGCAAACAAGUAUGACGUGUAGAACAGCAGAAAAAUAAAAAUAACUAUUAUUAUUACAAUUAUAACAUUCUA